AUGGCAAGGGAAGAGAUAUUCUACUUUGAGUCAGGUGUCCACUCAUACCACACCAAGUCAGGCGUCCACUCAUACCACACCAAGUCAGGUGUCUACUCAUACCACACCAAGUCAGGUGUCUACUCAUACUACACCAAGUCAGGCGUCCACUCAUACCACACCAAGUCAGGCGUCCACUCAUACUACACCAAGUCAGGUGUCUACUCAUACUACACCAAGUCAGGUAUCUACUCAUACCACACCAAGUCAGGUGUCUACUCAUACCACACCAAGUCAGGUGUCUACUCAUGCCACACCAAGUCAGGUGUCUACUCAUACCACACCAAGUCAGGCGUCCACUCAUACUACACCAAGUCAGGUGUCUACUCAUACUACACCAAGUCAGGUGUCUACUCAUACUACACCAAGUCAGGUAUCUACUCAUACCACACCAAGUCAGGUGUCUACUCAUACCACACCAAGUCAGGUGUCUACUCAUGCCACACCAAGUCAGGCGUCCACUCAUACCACACCAAGUCAGGCGUCCACUCAUACUACACCAAGUCAGGUGUCUACUCAUACUACACCAAGUCAGGUAUCUACUCAUACCACACCAAGUCAGGUGUCUACUCAUCCCACACCAAGUCAGGCGUCCACUCAUACCACACCAAGUCAGGUGUCUACUCAUACCACACCAAGUCAGGCGUCUACUCAUACCACACCAAGUCAGGUGUCUACUCAUACCACACCAAGUCAGGUGUCUACUCAUACUACACCAAGUCAGGUGUCUACUCAUACCACACCAAGUCAGGCGUCCACUCAUACCACACCAAGUCAGGUGUCUACUCAUACCACACCAAGUCAGGCGUCCACUCAUACCACACCAAGUCAGGUGUCUACUCAUACCAUGCUAAGCCAGUGUUUCAAGGGUAA